AGUGCCAGCACACGCCCUCAGUCCCUGCUGUAAUUCACACCCAGCGCUCCUCGGCUGCUGCCCGGGGGACAGCGCCGGGCUGGAAGGCGCAGGUCGCCGAUCAGCCUUUCCCACACGCUGGCAAACAGAGGGAGCUGUUUCCGACCGCUCGGUGUGACACACUCGCCCCGUUUCCGCGUCCGCCGCAGCCUCCCGCGGCCCCGAGACUCGGGUGGGUCCCACCGCACCCAGAGCCAGCGGCUCCGCAGGGACCAGCACAGCCCGGCCGAGCUGCCACGGGGGGGUUCAGCACCAGGAUCCCCCGGAAGGGGCCGGAGGGGCUGCAGAAGGGAGGGAUGGAGGUGCCGGGCUGCUCGCCCUGCUUGCCGUGGCCGCCGGCAGUGCCACGGGUGACUCAGGGUGACCGGCGGAGCCAACGCCCGUUCGCCAGCUCGCCCCGUGUCCCUGAGUCACCGUCCACGCUCUCGUGGCGAGCUGUCCCCGUGCGUCACGGCCCCCUCGCCGUGACACCCGUCCCGGCACACCGCAAAUGUCCGGCAGCACCCCGAGGACACCGGAAACCCCGAAAAGCGCCCGGCCAGCAGCGACCUUCGGUGACCCCGGGGGCUCCCCCGCCCGCCCCAAGGUACCCGCUGCAUGGAGGAAGCCACUCACUGCAGCCACUGCCCUCCCCAUCCCCUGCCCUGAGGCCACCGUGGCAGGGUGACACCGUGGCUCUCUGGGUGCAGAGCCAGGGUGACACCGUGGCUCCCUGGGCGCGGCAUCCGGGGACAGUUCCAUCACUGCUGGCACAAAGUGUGCCAGUUUUGACAGUGCCAUCACCACCCAACAGCCCCUGCAGCUGGGAAACCUGGCACUGAGACACCAGGCUCCUGGGUGACACGGGAUGAGUGUGCCGGCCGACGAGCCGGGCAACCCGGCCCAUGCCAUCUUUGAGAGGUUCCUGCGUGCCGGGGAGUGCCGGGAGGUGCUGGGCUGCUUCCUGGAGCUGUGCCAGCAGCUGGGCCUGCAGGGCGGUGGGCUGCAGCUCUACCACGGCCUCAAGGCUGCCCUCAACUACUGGAAUGCCAAGGCCCUGUGGAGCAAGCUGGAUAAGAAAGCUGGGCACAAGGACUACGACCAGGGCACAGCCUGUGCUGGCACCAAGUGCCUGGUGGUGGGCGCCGGCCCCUGCGGGCUGCGGGCGGCCAUCGAGCUGGCGCUGCUGGGCGCCCGCGUGGUGCUGCUGGAGAAGCGCGACUCCUUCUCCCGCAACAACGUCCUGCACCUCUGGCCCUUCACCAUCCACGACCUGCGCGCGCUGGGCGCCAAGAAGUUCUACGGGCGCUUCUGCACUGGCACGCUGGACCACAUCAGUAUCCGGCAGCUCCAGCUGAUCCUGCUAAAGGUGGCUUUGCUCCUGGGGGUGGAGGUGCACAUCAAUGUGAGGUUUGAGGGCCUUGUUCCCCCCACGGGCAAGGCAGGUGGCUGGCAGGCUGUGCUGCAGCCCAGUUCCUCUCCCCUCACCCACUACGAGUUCGAUGUCCUCAUCUCAGCUGGCGGUGGCAAAUUUGUCCCUGAAGGGUUCAAGCGCAAGGAGACGCGUGGGAAGCUGGCCAUUGGCAUCACCACCAACUUCAUCAACCGCCACAGCCGGGCCGAGGUGGAGGUGGCUGAGAUCAGCGGCGUGGCCCGAAUCUACAACCAGAAAUUCUUCCAGAACCUCUACAACAAAACGGGCAUUGACCUGGAAAACAUCGUGUACUACAAGGAUGACACUCACUACUUCGUCAUGACGGCCAAGAAGCAGAGCCUGCUCAAGAAGGGGGUGAUCCUCCAGGACAAAGCGGACAUCGAGAGCCUCCUGGCCCCAGACAACGUGAACCGAGAUGCCCUCCUUAGCUAUGCCAAAGAAGCUGCCAACUUCUCCACCAACUACUGCCUGCCCGAACUGGAGUUUGCCCUCAACCACCGGGACCUGCCGGACGUUGACAUGUUCGACUUCACCUGCAUGACGCGCUCGGAGAACGCGGCGCUGGUGCGGGAGCACAACGGGAGCCGCGUGCUGCUGGGGCUGGUGGGCGACUGCCUGGUGGAGCCCUUCUGGCCGCUGGGCACCGGCGUGGCCAGGGGCUUCCUCGCCGCCUUCGACGCGGCGUGGAUGGUGCGGCGGUGGGCGGCUGGGACGCCCCCGCUGGAGGUGCUGGCCGAGAGGGAGAGCAUCUACCAGCGCCUGUCGCAGACAUCCCCGGACAACACCAACAAGAACGUCAGUCAGUACAGCAUCGACCCGGCCACGCGCUACCCCAACAUCAACCUGCAGGCCAUCAAAGCCAGCCAGGUCAGGGACCUCUACCUCGUGGGCAUGGUGGAGGUGGACCACAAGAGGAAGAGCGACGCCCGGCUCAGCACCGUGGCCCCUGGAGCUGUCUGUGAAGAGCUGCUGAGCUGGUGCCAGGCCAGCACGGCUGGAUACCCUGGCGUGGCCGUGACCAACUUCAGCACCUCCUGGACCAGUGGCUUGGCCCUCUGCGCCCUCAUCCACCGCUUCCGCCCUGACCUGGUGGACUUUGACUCCGUGGACCCCCAGGAUGCCAUUCAGACCCACCAGAUGCUGCUGGACAUAGCAGAGCAGGAGCUGGGCAUCCAGCCUGUCCUCUCCAGUGCUGAGAUGGCCACCUUGACAGAGCCUGACCGCCUGGACCUCAUCACCUACCUCAGCCACUUCUAUCAAAUUUUUGGGACCUCUCCAGAGGCAGAGGUCAGCAAGAAGCCAGUGUCUCCCUGUGGCACACGAGGGGCCAUCCUCUUCCUCAGCAAGCUGCAGAAGAGCCGGAACCUGGCACACAAACGUAUCCAGGACGGCAUCCAGAAGGACAGUGAGGCCAAGAGGAGCCGCAGGGACACUGAGCUGGACACGGGGCUGGAUGGAGCCGCUCCGGACAGUGCCCACGAGCUGCCACAAGCCACCGUGAUGGACCCAGGGCAGCCCCCGAGGGACAGGACAGGGGAGAACAGCGACGCCUGCUACUUCUGCGGGCGCCGUGUGUACAUCGUGGAGCGAGCCAGCGCCGAGGGACGCUUCUUCCACCGCGGCUGCUUCCAGUGCCGGCGCUGCGGGGCCACCCUGCGCCUGGGCGACUACGCCUUCGACGAGGAGGAUGGUAAUUUUUACUGCUCGCUGCACUACCCCAAUGCACCCAGCAUGGACCUGCCCCGGGAUGAGGCUUCGGCGCUGCCUGAUGGGGAUGCUGAUGCUGCUGCCCACCCGCCCUCAGAUGCUGGAAGGUCAUGUGUGUCCCCCAUGGAGUGGGCACCCGGUCCACUUGAGCCCAUUCCAGCAGCCCCACAGGCAGGGGAAGGGCCUGGGGACACUGAGGACACUGCAGAUACUGGUGACAUGGAGGAGCAGGAGCUGCUGGCACAGCCUGGGGAGGAUGUGAGGGAAGAGGAGGUUCGCAGAGCGGAGCCCCAAGGGGCAGCAGAGGAGGGUGAGGAGAGUGGGGGCAGGAGGAAGAUCGUCCUUACACCGCUGGAGAAGCUCAGUCUGUCCACACUGAACCUCACCAGUGAAGCUGAGCCCUCCCCUCCACUGAAGCCAGCUCGUCUGCGGCUCCAAGCAGCACCCGAGGCCCUCCCUGCCCUGUGGCAGGGACAAGGCGCCUGGAAGGAGGAGGAGGAGAAAAUUGACAUGGAGGAAGAUUUGGAGGACAGUGACAGCGAGGAGGGGGAGGAAGAGGAGGAGGAGGAGAAAGAGGAGGAGGACACAGGCCUUGGCAUCAUGAAAGAUUUGUACCCAGACCCCAGGGAAGAGGAGAAGUACCCCACCUGGAAGCGCACAUUGGCCCGCCGGGCCAGGGAAUCCCAGAUGAAGAGGUUCUGCAGAGCCCAGGCCAUCCAGAGGCGGCUGGAGGAGAUCGAGGUGACAUUCCGGGAACUGGAGCAGCAGGGCAUCAAGCUGGAGAAGUUACUCCGGGAUGAGAACGAGAGCCUGGCUGACCAGCAGACACAGUGGACAAACCAGCUGCUGUACCUGGUCCAGAAGAAGAACAAUCUGAUGACCGAGGAGUCGGACCUCAUGAUCGCGGUGCAGGAACUGAAGCUGGAGGAGCAGCAGUGUCAGCUUGAUGAGAAGCUCCGGAGCUACAUGAACAAGGAGGAUGCCCUGAAGACACCUGAGGAUGAGAAGGCUGAGCAGGAGAUCCUGAAGCAGCUGGUGGAGGUGGUGAACAAGCGGAACGUCCUCAUCCAGCUGCAGGAGGAGAAGCGGCUCAGUGAGCUCCGGGCUUGACCCGCACGGCCCCGCGGCCACCAGCUCCUCCCCGAGGGACCAGCGGAGUGUGUGUGAGUGAGUCCUGGGCCGAGCACCUCUGAGCUACCUCUGGAGGUGGCGAUGCCCCAGGUGCCAGCAGCUGCCACAGCCAAUCCAGCUCCCCGCUUGCCAAAGCCUGUCACAGAGGGGCCAGACCCGCUGGUGGAUGCCCACGUGAGGAGACACCGAGCAGCACUCAGCCUUGGGGGGCUGAGAGGGCGUUCCUGUGCGUGGCUGGAGUGCCUUUGCCUUGUGCUGGCUGGAAAACAAGACUCGCAGGGGGCUGCAAAAGGGGGCUGUGGUGGCUCCCAGCAGCAAGGAGGUGACCGGCCACCAGAGGCAGGCCACAGGGCAGGUGCCACAUGUGCAGAGGCACCUUCAGGAAUGGUCCCUCGAAGCCACCCUGGGACAUCCUUCCCAGCUGAAGGCAUCCAUCCCAGUCUGGACUGUCCAUCUCAAGGGACAUCUGGCUGUACAAGUUGGGGCCAGUGACAGGCAGACUGGGCUGGUCCAGCUGCUCUGCACCACUGCUUUUGGAUGCCACAUCCACGCUGCCCCCAGCUGCUGCAGGAAACAGGGUCAGAACCCUACCAUGAGCCCCUUGGGCCAGGGAAGGGCUUUUUGUCCUGUAGCUCCUAUGGGAAUUGUGCUCAGGGCCAGCACCCUAACACCGAGGACAAGGGACACCAGUGGCUGUGCCCUUCUUGCCCCUUUGGGAUUUCUUCUGCUUGGCAAUGCCUUUGCACAGACCUCAGAUGCCCUGGAGCCCCUGGCUGUUGCCUGUGGCCAAAUGGUGCUCACGGCAGCCCAGAUGUGUUGGGAUGGGGGUCCCAGGCGUAGGUUCCUCUCUUAGCAACACCAGCCUGUGCUCAGCCCUCAUCCUGCCAUUCCCCUCAGCACCUCCUCCAGCCCUCCCUGUGUUUGUACCAGCCCUGCAAUCCUGCCGCAAACCCCCUCCUUUCAAAUAAAGCCCCCCUGACCCGGU